UAAAGCAAGAUUGACUACGUUUCCACCGAGGGUCAGAGUCGGAUUGGGGUUUGGUGUUUCGGUAUUUCCACCGCAAAAGUGCUCACCCCAACCCGAUUCUGACCCGACUCUAGCCCGACCCUGACCCUCGGUGGAAACGUGGUCAUUGUGGACCAUGGGUUAAGAGUGAGGGGCAAAGAGAAUCGUUAGGCGAAGUUAGAGGUUAGGAGUAGGGUUGUGCGAAUAGAUAGAGAUAGUAGCUAGGUGUUUCGCGGUUUUCGCUUAGGUCUCGCGUUUAGCUUCGUGGAUCCCUUAGGUUCCGUGGACUCGAGCAAGAUGCCGAAAAGAUCAGGCAACAAUAGAUGGGGCGGCCGCGGUAACAACCGAGGAAAAGGGUAUUUUGGUCAAGAUGAUCGUACGAUGGUACGAAAUGUGGGAAGGGAUGGUGGACCUCACGUCGACGAGGACAUUCCAAUGGCGGGUAGUUCCAACAAUAAUACUAGACAGGUGAUAAUAAAUCAGAGGGAUAGGGGUAGGGGUGAUAGGCAUACGGUCUCUCGCGGUAGGAACUGUCCGAUGCCGAAUAGGAAUUUCAAAGGAGGUCAAGCUGGUGUGAGGCCACGGAUGUUUCCGCUUGUUCAAUCCAAUUGGUAUAAAAUAAUUAUACCAUUUGGUAAUAAGUAUGAGAAGGACUGUGUUAUUAAUUCGUUUCUGAACUGUAUGGCACCUGAAGUAUUUAUUCCCAUAAUGUACAAGGUAAUGAGAAGUGAAGCCAGUUUCUAUAUUGACGAUCAUAAGACGGCGAACGCAUUGUUGCGUUGCAAUCGCAAGGUUCUGAUGAAUGAUGGAUUCCAGUUACGAGUGAAGGCAAAGCCCGUAUUUCCAAUUUGCAAAAUUGAUGAAAAGUUGAAAGAACGAUUGAAGCACGCCAUGGUUAAGAGAUAUGUACAAGAGAAAAAUGCUCUAGACUUGUCCAAGUUUCAUGUUGAUUCCGAUCUUUACUCGGAUUACUUUUGUGCGUUGUGCCACCCUAUUAUGUUGAUGACUGUGUUAGAUAUUGUUGGGGAACACAUUCCGAAUCUAGAAGCAUUGAACUUAGAAGGCAACAAGUUACAGAAUCUCGAGAGACUUGGGGUGUUGAAUAAGAAGUUCUCGAAAUUGAAGAUUCUUUAUAUUGGUGAUAAUAAGAUCAAAGAUAUUCACCAAUUAAAUGGUAUUAAGGAAUUAAAAUUGGAAGAAUUAAAAUUAUCGGGAAACCCUGUAUGCAACAGGUAUAAGUUUCGCCACAGUGAUUACACAAGUGACGUUCGAAAGAGAUUCCCCAGGUUGCUACGAUUGGAUGGCAUAGAAUUACCGCGUCCAAUUAUUUUUGAUGUUAUCGACAUAACUGCCAGGAUACCUCCAUCGCAAAGAAUGUUUGUUUCGGAUCCUAAAAUUCAAGAGAUAGCGAGCCAGUUUUUGCAACAAUACUUCACGAUAUUUGAUAGCGAUAAUCGUCAACCUUUACUCGAUGCAUACGCCGAAAAUGCAUGCUUAAGCCUGACGAUAAGCAAUUUCCCCAAGUUUAAUAGGUAUUACACAGAGAAUAGAAACAUAUUUAGAACAAUUGAUUCAAAUAGAAGACAUAAGUUAUUGAAACAGGGUAGAUUGCCUGUAGUGUCGUUUAUAUCGGAAAUGCCAAAGACAAGGCAUUUAUUGAAUACCUUUACCACGGACAUCACUCUUGUAACACAAGCAAUGAUGUUCAUUACUAUAACGGGUUACUUUCAAGAACUUGAUAAAGACGAGCCCAUUCGUUACUUCAACCGCACCUUCAUAAUUAGUCCGGAAGGUGAGGGAUACUGCAGUAUUCGAAAUGAACAGUUGCACAUUAGUCAGCCGUCUGAGGCGCAAUUGAAGCAACUGCAUCAGCAACUGAAUCAGCUCAGAAGUCAACCGCAACCGCGGACGGUGUCGUUGGAAACUUCAGAAGUAGCGAAACCAAUAACAAUAGAACUUAGCGACGAGAUAAAACAGCAAAUGACGGUGACGUUAAGUCACCAGACAAGUAUGAAUAUGGAAUGGAGCUUAAAGUGCUUACAAGAGACUCAGUGGAAUUAUGAUAAUGCACUCUCUGCUUUUCACGAGUUCUUUAUACGUGGGCAGAUACCGUCAGAAGCGUUUACGAAGUAAACGCCAUAUAUUGAGUAAGAAAACUUGCCAUUGUGAUAAUAGCGUAAGAAAAAUCAGAGUGCAGGAGCUUCUUGUAUAACUGCGAUCUCCAUUCCAUUCCGUCGUAUACUUUUUUUUAUAAGUAUACUUAUUUUGUAUCUUGUAUCAAAACUUGAGUAGAAAGCAUUUGGUUAUUUGUUACUUUCGAUUUAUGUAUUUCUGGCAACAAAAGAUAAUUAUUAAUUUUUUUUUAGGAAAGGGUAAAUGCUAGAAAAAGCAAUAGAUUAGGUAUAUUAAUAGAGUUCCUUUAAAAAACUGUUUCAAAUAUAUCUACAAUCCGUCUUGUUUAAACAUUUAAAUUUUGUUUAAACAUCUGAAUCUUGUUUAAACAUUUAAAUUUGCACACAAUACAUCCACAUGAAAAUUGUUAAAAGUCAUCAUUUCUAUCUCAUUACAAUCUUGUUUAAGAAAAGUCAUAACUAUGUUUAUAUUCUGAUUUUUAACCAAUUUCAUACGUAUACAGAUAUAUUAUUGUUUGACAGUACUAGUGAAAACAGUAACUUUUCCAACAAUUAUUUGUAAACCAUAGUUUUUUUCUGAAAUUAUGAAAAUGUUAAUUUAAAAAUAUUAUAACGUACAUAUGUUAAUUAAGUACACAUUUUUGGACAAAGCAGAAGUGGUGCUCCAACAAGAAUCACAGCUAUUUUGUGACAACAAAACAAAACGAGCUGUAAAAACAUAUGUAUCUAAAGUUUUAAUGGAGGGCUUCAAGUUUUUAUAAGAAUAAUUAUAGAUAUCUCUGAUGUGAUCUUCAACUGGAAGCUUUCCAUUAAAACCUUACAUACAUAUGCUUUUACAGAUUGUUUUGUUCAUUGUUACAAAAAAAUUGCGAUUUCUGCUAGAACACCACUCUGCAUAUUUAGGUAUUUUUGGGUAAUAUGUAUAAUGAAAUCACUGAUCAUUAUGUAUAGGAUUUGAUGAACUGAAUAUUCCCAAAAAUAAUUUUUAUACUUUUUCAAGCAGUUAUUUGGUAAUACUAGUGAUCAUUUGGGUUACUGUUCAUUGAUGUUGUUACCGUGAUUGCAAUUGAGAUUUGUUAGAUUUGACUUUCUUCCAAGAGAGAGAGAGAGAGAGAGAGAGAGAGAGACAUUUAAAAGAUAUUGAUACUUCUUAUUUUUUUAAAUUGAAAAGAAAUUAAGAAACUUUUAUAUUAUAUAGGCGAGUUGGAGUCUAUAUAUUAUGCACAUAUAUUUUUUGUACACAAAAGUAAAAAGUAUCUAUCUUUUUCUCUAAUUAAAAAGAUUUCCGUUUGUAUCUAUAACAAACAACAUAAUAUUCUCCUAAUUGUAUCUAACAUCAUUGUGAACAAUUAAUUUAAGAAAUUUUACAUCUAAAAGAUUAAGUAAAAAAAAACGUUCUUUUUGCAUAUCU